GUUUUGGUCGAUUUCGGUGGUUCUUUACUGAUUUAAGUUGCGAGUUCGGGUAGUACCACGGUGAAACUAUGCGUUAUGUUACGGAGAUGUAUAACUGGUGGGCUAAUACUAAAUCUGUGGAACUAUAUUAUUUACAAUAUUUAGAUAAUAAGUAUUUGGUUUCCUGAUAGAUGUGAGAGAGAUAGCAUAUUGGAAUCUAAUAUAAAGAUACUUGAGUACUAUUUUUGAAAUAAUUUUUAUUAGUGAUCGUUAUAAAAUCUAUUUAUUAAAAUGGCCAAGCAAGUACCAAAAGUUAAAUUAAAUACCGGCUUCGAAAUCCCCAUUUUUGGACUAGGUACUUGGAAGUCUAAAGCAGGCGAAGUAGAACAAGCAGUUAAAGAUGCUAUUGAUAUUGGCUAUCGUCAUAUUGAUUGUGCCCAUGUUUAUGGUAACGAAAAAGAAGUAGGUGCUGCUUUAAAGGCCAAACUAGUUGAUGGUACAAUAAAAAGAGAAGAUAUUUUCAUAACAAGCAAAUUAUGGAAUACCUAUCAUCGGCCCGAUUUAGUUGAGAAAAAUUUAAGAAUUACUUUGAACGACUUAGGACUAGAUUACCUGGACUUAUACUUAAUACAUUGGCCAUGUGGCUAUAAGGAAGAAGGAGAAACCUUUCCAUUUGAUGCAGCGGGAAAGAUGCAGUUUAGUGAGGUAGACUAUUUGGACACGUGGAAGGCUUUGGAAGAACUCGUCAGGAAAAAGCUAGUUCGAUCUAUAGGGUUAUCCAAUUUCAACAAGGCUCAAAUUACGAGAAUUUUGGCGGAAGGAAGCAUUCCUCCAGCAGUUUUGCAAAUUGAAUGUCAUCCUUACCUGAACCAAACAAAUCUAAUAGAAUUUGCAAAAUCCAAAGGUAUAGCUGUUACCGCUUACAGUCCUUUGGGAUCCCCGGACAGGCCAUGGGCAAAACCAGGCGAUCCACAACUGUUGGAAGACCCAAAACUAAAAGAACUUGCAACUAAAUACAAUAAAACACCGGCACAAGUUCUUUUAAGAUAUCAAAUCGAUAGAGGUGUAAUUACCAUUCCAAAAUCUGUGACAAAAUCCAGAAUUCUACAAAAUAUCAGUAUAUUUGACUUUAAAUUGUCUGCUGAUGAUAUUGCAUAUUUGAAUACUUUUGACUGUAAUGGAAGAUUAUGUGCAUUGGCAGCAGCUUAUGGACAUAAAUACCAUCCAUUUGAACAUGACGAUUACUAAACACAGUUCAAACUACGGAAUUCAUUAAAUGGGACCAAUUUAAUAAACUCGUGCAAAAUUGAAUAAAAAUCGUAUUAUUGUACUCCACAUUUAAAAAUUAAAAUAAAAGAACUUUUUAAGUAAAUGAAGAGAAAA